ACUGCAGCAGCGAAGAUGGCAGCGUCCGAGAUCUCCUCGAGGUCAUCCCCGGCAUCUGAUUCGAAGUCCCACCCGGCGACGAUCCCCGCACCUCCGCUCAUCAACGAUGCCUCCGCCACUGCCGCUUAUGAGCACUACCUCCGCUUACCCGAGCUCGCCAAGCUCUGGAGCUCCGAGAACUUCUCACAGUGGAGCAACGAGUCCGUCAUCAAGCCGUCCCUGCAGGCCCUGGAGAUCACCUUCCGGUUCAUCUCGCUUGUGCUCUCUGACUCCCGGCCCUACGCCAACCACCGGGAGUGGAAGCGGCGGCUGCAGUCCCUUGCCGCGCACCAGGUCGAGCUCAUCGCCACGUUGUGCGAGGAGGAUGGAGGCGGCGCACCCGUCGCCGAUCUUCGAUCAUGCAAGGGGCUCCUGUCCCGGGACAGGAGCUCGCAGGAGGUGUGGAAGACCGCCGGCACGACGAGCGUGGUGAGCCGCACGAGCGAGGCGAGCCUGCUGCCGAGGCUCGCGACGUGGGAGAAGUCCGCUGACGUGGCGUCCGUCAUCCUAUUCCAGAUCGAGAGCCAGAUGCAGCGGUGCCCGUUUACGCUUGGGUUGGGCGAGCCCAACCUCGCAGGGAAGCCCACGCUCGAGUACGAUCUCGUCGUCCGUCCGUUGGCCCUUCACGCCCUGAAGAGGAGCCCCGGCGGGUCAAACGAGCCCAGAAACCACGAAGACCAGGCGCUCUGCACGAUCCAUCAGAUCCUCGAGUCGUGGCUCUUCGCCGCCCGCCUGCUCCUGGCCCGAAUCGAGCGGAGGAUACAGGGGAAGGAGUGGGCGCAGGCCGCAAGCGAUUGCUGGCUUCUCGAGCGCGUGUGGAAGCUGCUCUCGGAGGCGGAUGACCUCCACAUGCUGAUAGAUCCCGACGACUUCCUCCAGCUCAAGAGCAAACUGGUCAUCACCACCGAUUCGGAGGCGUACUGCUUCCGCUCGGCGGCCCUGGUCCAGGUAACGAGCUCGUGCAAGGACCUGAAGCAAAGGGUGCCGUCGAUCCUGGGGGUGGAGGCGGACCCCAACGGAGGGCCUCGGGUGCAGGACGCAGCCAUGAGGCUGUUCCACGGCCGGCAGAGGGGGGAUGGCGACAACCCCGGCAAGAUCGACCUCCUGCAGGCGUUGCAGGCGGUGGAGGUGGCGCUGAGGAGAUUCUUCUUCGCCUACCGGCAACUGGUGGCAGCGGUGAUGGGGAGCCUAGAGGCGAGCGGCAACCGAGCCGUGUACGUGCCGUGGGAAUCGCUGGAUCCGGCGUCGCAGUUGUUCUUGGAGCCGCCCUAUUUCCCGAGCUUGGACGCGGCCAAGACGUUCCUGGGAGAUUUCUGGCAGCAGCAGCAGAAGCCAAAGCGGCGUUGACAAGCGGUCGGGUCCGUUGGACGAGCUUGGAAUUUUGACCAAAAUAUGUGAGGCGACUCAAUAGAUAGAUUCUAUACGUUUUUGUGGAAAUUGUACUUAUACGUACCUUCUCCGUACAUAUCCAUAGGUUAAGCAAGACCAUAAACAUGUAAAA